AUGUCAUCCCCAAACAACGUUAAGAACGAGCCGAUAGAGGAGGCAGGAAUCUCUGAUGGAACCCCCAAUGCGCCAGAAGCCGAUACCAACAUGGCCGAAACUGAGGACGUCAAGAAGGAAGUCAAGCAGCUUGAGGAUUUGUUUGAUGAUGUCGACUCGGAUGAGGAGUUCCCUAGCUCUGCGGCCGUUCUGCCAAGUUCACAAGUCGCUCCGCUGUUUGAUGCCAUGUCCCUGAAAGCUUCAGACCCAGAAGUCAUGCGAAGUUUCUACCAGCGAUUAUUCCCUUGGCGAUAUCUAUUUCAAUGGCUUAACCACGGCCCUACACCAACAAACGACUUUGGCAACCGAGAGUUUGCUUUCACACUCCAGAACGAUGCCUACCUCCGAUACCAAUCCUUCCCUACCGCCGAUACGCUCCGUAAAGACAUCCUCCGUCUCAUGCCCUCUCGUUUCGAAAUUGGUCCAGUUUACAACACCAAUCCCCGCGACCGAAAGACACUCCGCAACUCAACCGCGUUCAAGCCCAUCGCAAAAGAGCUGUGCUUCGAUAUCGAUGUGACAGAUUACGACGAUAUCCGAACGUGCUGUGACAAAGCAAAUAUCUGCAACAAAUGCUGGCAAUUUAUGACCAUGGCUAUUAGAGUGAUCGAUGUAGCACUGCGGGAAGACUUUGGCUUCAAGCACAUUAUCUGGGUAUACUCAGGUCGACGAGGUGUUCACGCCUGGGUUUGCGAUAAGAAAGUCCGAGGAAUGGAUGACCAGAAGAGAAGAGCAAUCGCAGGUUAUCUCGAGGUGGUUAAAGGAGGUGCACAAAGUGGAAAGAAGGUCAAUGUGAGGAGACCGCUACAUCCUCAUUUGGCACGAAGUUUGGAGAUUCUCAAGACUCAUUUCCAAGAGGACGUUCUUGAUGUUCAAGACCCCUGGGCUUCAGCUGAGCAGUCUGAGAAGUUGUUGCAACUCCUACCUAACCAAAACCUCAACGAAUCACUGCGAAGGAAAUGGGACGCCGCUCCAGGACGUGCUUCUGCAUCAAAGUGGGCAGACAUCGACGCUGUAGCAAAGUCAGGCGCCAGCAAGAACCUCGACGCCAGGCAACUCCUUGAAGCCAAGCAAGACAUUGUCCUGGAGUACACCUACCCACGACUUGAUAUCGAAGUCAGCAAGAAACUUAACCAUUUGCUCAAGAGUCCCUUUGUCGUGCAUCCUGGCACUGGUCGAGUUUGUGUGCCCAUCAACACCAAGAACCUCGAGGAUUUCGACCCCUUGGCCGUGCCUACGGUACAGGGUCUUUUAGCGGAGAUUGACUCAUGGAAGGGUGAGGAGGAAGAGGGUGGUAAGGGCACGCCUGAUUGGGAAAAGACAAGCCUGAAGCCCUAUAUCGACCAAUUUAGGCAUUUUAUCAAUGGAUUGAUGAAGGAUGAGAAGGACGUCAAGGUUAAGCGGGAACGGGAGGAUGACGGUAUGGAAUUUUAG